UUUUCUAAUUCAAAACCAAGAAAUCAAACCUCGUUCUAUUACAUUGUAAAUUCCCACCUCCGUCACCGUAGUGCUCCGUCUUGUUCAGUAUAUGUAAUAGUGCUUACCAUGAUCUUACUAUCGAGGAUAGAAUGGGAGAUAUCUGAUACUGAAGUCUAACGACGAUCAGUAAGGAGGUUUGCCUUCAACACUAGCUCUUUCUGCAAAAAAUUAAUCCUACUAAAACCAACAACGGUGAGUUGGAAUUUUUGAUAUGUCGAGCAAUAUAACUUAUUUGUCUACUCGUGGUGGAUCUUCAAACUUGUCUUUUGAAGAUGCUGUGUUGAAGGGAUUGGCUAGUGAUGGUGGUUUGUUUAUUCCUAACGAAAUUCCCCAAUUCCCUAAGAAUUGGGUUGAGGAUUGGAAGAACAAGAGCUUUUCCGAAGUUGCUUUCGAAAUUAUGUCCUUAUACGUUCCUCGCGAAGAGAUACCUGCUGAUGCCUUGAAGGACAUUAUUAAACGUUCUUAUUCUACCUUCCGUCAUCCCGAGACCACACCUAUUAAGAAUUUAAAAAAUGGUCUUGAUGUUCUUGAACUCUUCCACGGUCCAACAUUUGCCUUCAAGGAUGUUGCCUUACAAUUCCUUGGUAACCUUUUUGAAUUCUUUUUGACUCGCAAAAACGGCGACAAGCCAGUCGAUCAACGUGAUCAUCUUACUGUUGUUGGUGCUACUUCUGGUGAUACCGGAAGUGCUGCCAUCUAUGGUCUUCGUGGUAAGAAAGACGUUUCCGUUUUUAUCUUGUUCCCUAAGGGACGUAUUUCUCCUAUCCAAGAGGCCCAAAUGACCAGUGUGUUGGACAAGAAUGUCCACAAUGUCAUUGUAGACGGUGUCUUUGAUGACUGUCAGGACAUUGUAAAGCAAGUAUUUGGUGAUGUUGAGUUUAACAAGAAGCAUCACAUUGGUGCUGUAAACUCAAUUAACUGGGCUCGUAUCCUUUCUCAAAUCACUUACUACGUCUAUGCUUAUCUUUUGACUGUGAAAGCUGGUAAGGCUGACCAGGUUCGUUUCGUUGUUCCUACCGGUAACUUUGGCGAUAUUUUGGCUGGUUAUUAUGCCAAGCGUAUGGGUGUCCCCGCUGACAAGCUUGUUAUCGCUACUAACGAGAAUGAUAUCCUUAACCGUUUCUUCAAGUCCGGUCGUUACGAAAAGGUUGAUUCUAGCGUAGCUCCUGCUAAUUCAUCUGCUUCUGCCAAGGAAACCUAUUCUCCUGCUAUGGAUAUCUUGGUUUCAUCAAAUUUUGAGCGUUAUUUGUGGUAUUUGGCAUUGACUUGUGAAGCUCCUAACCAUACCCACGCCGAGGCCUCUGAAAUCUUGGCUAAGUGGAUGUCAGAGUUCAAGCAAAAUGGCUCUGUUGCUGUCCGUCCCGAAGUUUUGGAGACUGCUCGUCGUGACUUCAUUAGUGAACGUGUUAGUAACGACGAAACCAUUGCUUCCAUCAAAAGUAUUUACGAGACCGAGCAGUAUGUCAUUGAUCCCCAUACAGCCGUUGGUAUUGAAACUGGUUUGCGUUGCUUAAAGGCUUCUCCUAACGUAACCUAUAUCUGUUUGUCCACUGCUCAUCCCGCCAAAUUUGACAAUGCUGUAAAUCUUGCUCUUAAGUCUUUCCCAGGAUACGACUUUAACAAACAGGUUUUGCCUGUUGAAUUCCAUGGUCUUAUGGAUGCUGAGCGUCGUUCCGUAGAAUUCGGCAAGCCAAACAUUGAACGUCUUGAACAACUUAUCGAAACCACCCUCGAUGAGGAAAAGAAUUAACCGAAAAGGUUUUUAAUCGACUCAAAAACCAAUAUACCUCUAUUGCUAGAACGUUCCUUUUUGUGUUUAAUAUGUUAAUUUGUUAGAGUUUUGGUACAUCAUGAGAAAAUAAAAGAUUUAAUAGUUGAGGAUUAGGCGCACUACUAUGUUAAAGAAGUAAUAAGUGGAUGAAAACAAGUAGGAAAAGAUGAUUAUUUCGUAUACAUUCGUGAGGAAUAAAACGAAGAUGAUCGUUUCUUUACGAAUAUUAACAUAAAU